UCUGAGGAAUGCUGGAACGAGAUGGAGGAGUUCCAAAGGGGGAGUGACGAGAGAGAGAGAGACAGACAGACACUGGGAGAGAGUGAGAGGGAGAGAGGGAGAGAGAGAGUCUAUAUAUGCAUCCCAAGGAGGCUGGUGCUCACAGGCACAGCUGGACUACUGGAUAACUGGACUGUAGCCCACUGGAUAUUUAGCAAGAAAGGCACCAGAAAAACAUCUGGCAGUGGAAAACAAAUCAGUAAGUUAGUGUGAAAAACAUAGUACAAAGAUGAUGAACAAUGUGGCAGAUUGGCUCCUGCAGAACAGGGACAAGGUGGAGAAAGGUGUGGAGAUCAUGGGACAAGCCUCCGAGGUGCUCGCCGCCACCGUGGGCCAGCUUCACCCCGUCCUGGAGGCCGUGUUCAUGGCGUCCGCCGAGAUACUGAGCAACCCGGACAGCAAAGAGGCUCGCUACCUGACUCAGCAGUUCGAACUGGUCAACCAGCAGCUGGAGGGAAUCCAAGAUGAGAUUGAUAAAAUCGCCUUGGAGCUGCAGAGGACGUCGAUGAACAAGCAGAACUUCGAUCGAGAGGCGCAGAUGCUCAGCCAGUAUGAAAAGUUCCAGGACUUUGUCAACGCCAAGCCAAAGUUCAAAGAGAAGAAAAUGGAGAAGUUUCUCAGCCAUUACGAGAACACAGACGCCGACUUGAACCUGGACGCUCUCUACAACGCUGUCACCGGAGAGAACACCUCAGGAGACCCCAUGCUGGAGACGGUAGUGACCACGGAGCGGAGAGGCAGAAGGGCAGUCGAGGAUUUUUGCGCCCGGCUGAAGAAGCUCUUCGUGGUGGGCAUCAUCUCCGUCAUGGGCCACUCCGCCCUGAAGGAAGGCGUGGUGGGCGAGGAGAUGGUGAAGAAGUGGCAGACGCGCAUGGAGCAUGUGGAGAAACUGAUGAAAGCGGCUGUGGACGACUGCACGGAGAACUUUGCUGAUCAAGCCAAGGAGGACAUGGAGCACAAGCUUCAGGAGACUCCUGGCACCGUCGACCGUGAGUUCACCCAGUCCCUCCUGGACACGUUGGUUAAGAAAUACGACUGGGUAAACUGGUCCGUCCGCGCCUUCAGCAACAGGGAGCGCAUUUUCUUCUUCAACUGGCUGGCGGGAAAGAAGUGCCAAGGGAGCGGAGGAGCAAACUGGUUUGACAUUUUGACCAAGAACAAGAUCAAAGUGGUGGUCUCCUUCUGUGUCGACCCCAAGCCCAUCAACAAGAGUCAGAUCCAGGAGCAGAUCGAGGCUCUGAAGAUGAAGUCGGACAUGAUGAAAGCUGCUCUGGCUUUGAACAAGAGCUUCCCCAACUGCCUGGUGCACGCUGUCAGCACCUUCAAGGAGGUGGUGGAGAGCAACAACUUCCACGAGGAUUGUUACUACUAUGGAAAACACAAAAGAGCCUUCCUAUGCAUCCACUCCGAGUAAGCAGCCGAAGAAACAAGCUUCACGCUCAAUUCAUGACCUGGAAAUAUGUCCAUUAAAUAUAGAAAUCUAUUCAUAAAUAUUGUCUGUGUCGAUGCAUAAUCUGCUUUGUAAGGGAUCUGGUAUGUGAUUCAUUGAAUUACUUGUGAUGAUUCUUGUUCUUUUACAUAUGUCUCUAUCAUCUGAUGAUGAUAAAGCAGCUUCAGGGUGUAGUUUCAUAGCCGUGCCAGCUUUGUCUUAAUGUUAUGAAACUUAUAACGAUUCCAUCCUCAUUAGAUGUUAUUAGGGCCGGACGAGAUGAUGAUACGUCUGUUAGCUGCCGGAGAGUUUAUACACCAGGGUAACCUUUAAACAACUCAGACCUUCAGUACCAAGAUUUGUCUGUUUGUGGUAUUUGAAGUUCGUAGUUCAUUUUUUGGCCUUUAAAAGCCAUCAAACAGACAAUUGGGUGGGUCUUGAGUGUUUCGUCAUCUCCUAUUUCUAGUGUCAGUUUGACAUUUUUGGGGAAAAAUUAGCUCAGUCACUUAAGAUAAGAUCGAUACCACUCUUGUAUCUGUUUGUAAAAUACAAGGCUACAGCCAGGAAAUAAUUCAACAAGUCCGUCCAAACCAAAUGACCCCACAUAUUCUUCUUAAAUAUGACCCUAAACUAGCACCCCUUACUGGUGAAUGUUGUCGUUAAUGUUUUGAAAUGGCCCUGGGUUAGUUAGAUGAGAAGAUGUUUCAAAAAGUUAAAUAAAUGGAACGCAGUGAGGAAGCUAAGCUGCAACAUAGCUACGCACGCUGACCUUUUUGUUCUUGAUACUCUGUAUGCUCGCUUCCACUUUUGCUUUUAACGCUCUGUAACGUCACUUCCAUCUUGGUGCCCUUCAUAAUUAAGGUCACUAGAGGCCGCCACUAACUAAAAAGUUAAAAUGGGUUGUAACAAGCUGCUGUUUUUGGAAAAACCGUCUCAAAUACCUUGACCUUAACUUGGCAUGAAGAUAAAUUUCCAGAUUUUGUUAUGCUCGUACUUUUUGGCACUAUUUGACUGGAUCUCGACAUUUUUUAAAUUUCUUUAAAAUUGAUGUCUCUGCUGGAGCUUCAUAUUUAGAAUAAAGUGGUAUCAAUCUGCGAUAUGAUCAAAAUCUAGAUUUCUUUUUGACAGUUUAA